AUGCCCUUACGGCUAAUAUCCAACUUUGUAACUUCAUUUUUGAAGAGAAACAAUCAGAAUAACGACAAUGAAGCACCCAAGGAAGUCUUAGCAACAUCUGGCUCACAGAAAUCCAGCAGUUUAACGUCCAUUUCAUUCAGUCCAACGAUUACAAUUCAAGGUCUGUGGAGCAAGAAAGAUGAUCAAAGCGAUGUUACAACAAUCAAAUCUACAGCAGAGACAGAGAAAUGGAUUGCACACCAGGAACAACUUGAAUUUUGGAAACAGCAGCCUUCUAUAUUUGACCCUUAUCCCUCAUUUGGUAUCCAAGACUACGAAUUAAUAGAGACGCUUGGUACAGGCACCUUUGGCAGAGUGUGGUUGACAAAGCAGAAAAAGACCAAGAAGUACUAUGCCAUCAAAGUACUGAAGAAAGCAGACAUUGUCAAAUUAAAGCAGGUGGAGCACAUCAAUUCUGAACGACUGGUGUUAUCAGAAAUCAACUUUCCAUUCAUUGUUCAAUUGUAUUGUACAUUUCAAGAUUGCGAGAAUCUGUUCAUGUUGCAGGAAUACGUUAUUGGAGGAGAGCUGUUUAGGCAUUUGCGGAAGUCUGGCCGAUUCUCCAACGACACAGCUCGAUUCUAUGCUGCUGAAAUUGUACUUGCAUUAGAGUACUUGCACUCAAAAGACAUCAUUUACCGUGAUUUGAAGCCUGAAAAUAUAUUGCUGGAUCAUAGAGGAUACAUAAAGAUCACAGAUUUUGGAUUUGCGAAAAAGGUGGUUGAUAGAACAUGGACACUGUGUGGUACCCCUGAAUACCUGGCUCCCGAGAUCAUUCAGAGCAAAGGACACAGUAAAUCAGUGGAUUGGUGGUCUCUGGGUAUUCUGAUAUUUGAAAUGAUGGCAGGCUAUCCGCCGUUUUACGACGACAACCAUUUUGGCAUCUACGAGCAUAUUUUAGGCGGAAAAGUGCAAUAUCCCAGCUAUUUCGAGAAUGCGGCCAAAGACUUGCUGAAAAGGCUCCUCGUCAUUGAUCGUACAAAAAGACUGGGAAAUCUAAAGGGUGGUGCAGAAGAUGUAAAGAAACACAAAUGGUUUCGUGGUACAGAUUGGCAUGGACUAUUGACCAAGACAGUGCGAGCGCCUUUAAUACCAGCUCAUGCCAAUGAUUAUGAUACCAGCAAUUUUGAAAAAUAUCCAGAUGAGAUCUAUCGCGAACAACCCAAAGAUGACCCUUUUCGUGAACUGUUCUCUGACUUUUGA